UCUGUGGUGAUGGCACAGAACGUCCGCACUGCUGUCUGUGGAUUCAGAAAUGUGUCACUCAGUCAUGCCCAGCUGAGUGACUCAUCUGAUUAGGGCCUUAGUACAACAGUGAUUAUUUUUUAGAUUAUUAUAAUUUUUUUAGUUAUAGUAGUAGUAGUGAUAGUACUAGUAGUAUAAUUUUUAUUUUUGGUUACAUUCCUUCAGUCUCUUAACGUCAAUUUCUGUCUAUGGCUUAAUCAAGUGCAUGUUUGUUUUUUACAUCACAUUCAUGCCGUUUUAGUGGACACUCUUAUCCAGAGCGACAUGCAGUGUCAAAGUGCAUAGAAGGUGGUGCCUCACCAGGGAAUCAGACCUGCCAGCUCAUUCCCUAACCGUUUGCUACACUGCCACCUAUAGGCUUUUCCAGGUAUAAUCAUUCUUGAACCCCAGGGAAUUCAGAUAAAUUUCACACUUCCCUGACAAGAUAAUAAAGGGGAGGAGGAGAAUUUGUUUUAGAUAAAUGGAAGGCUUUGUGGUGUCUGAAACUGUUUCUGCAGAAUAUAUGUGAAUGGGUUGAGAAUUGUCUGUCAUUUCUGUACAAAAGCAGGCUGGGAACUUUCUGCUGUUCUUAUAUGUAUUCUCAAUUCUAAAAAAAGUACAAAUGUACUUUUUGUUCCAUUAGACUUCCCUUUUUAUUUGGUGCACUGAAAGACUAUUUUUCACACCCAGUUCUUCACUCACAGAUUCUCUCUCCUACGAGCCCAUAGGGUAGGCUGAAAAAGCUUUUUUGUGUGUGCAUAAAAUGUAUUUAAAAAAUGAAAUCCUACCAAAAUUUUAAAAAUAUUUAGUGUGUUGAACAUGAAAGUGCUAGAGACAGUCAGGCUCUGGGAAUAAUUAUACAGAUUUUAUGUUGUCCUCUGGGAUUCAAGACCUUAGCAAUCUUACAGUCAAAACGGAUUUGCUUAAUUUUCAAACGAACCAAAUAAUUCCUGUAAUGUAUUUACUUCUGUCCAAUUUAGCAUGUUUUAUUUAUUCUGAAAAACAACAAGGAUGCAUUUACUUCAGUCCCUGAUUAAACUAAUUUCAUGUAACUUUCAAACAAAUUACCUCCGAAGAAAAAACCCUUAAAUUAAUUUAAUUCACUGAUCAUUUAAAAUAUUUUCUCUUGGAAAGACCUGGAAUGCACAUUGUUCCUGUGAUGAGUACACAUUGUGGUGCAUGUGCGGUUGUAUUUUUGUACAUUGUCAUUCUUGAAGCAACAUUUUUGUGUUUUUGUAGUUGUCAUUUACACAGUUGGUGACUGUGAAAUUCCACUCUAAAAAAUAAAAUUCAGCUAGAUCAACUUUUCAAUUAUAGCCUCCAAAUUUAGGAAUCUUUAACCUUGGAAAUAACGGGUUGCAUUAGUUAUUCUAUUACAAAUAAGCUCAAAAACCUGGUUAAAAAUGAAUCAGUGAUCCUGUCGCUGUGUCUAACAUGACUGUCAUUCAUUCUGUCCUCUCCUCUUAUACAUCCUGAUAUUAUUUAAUAUUCUCUAUUUUACAUGCUUCCAUUUUACAUGGAGUAUGUAGUGUCAGAUGCCAGUGGGUUAAAGAUGGAAAUGAGCUGAUCCAGUGUUUUGUAAACAGAAUAUUUUCUUUUCGACAUCGCUCAUGGUUUGGGACCCAAGGUGCAGAACAAAGGACCCAGAAUGACAAUCGUCCAGUUCACCAACAGAACCAUACGGGACCUUAUAUGGAAACGGGCGAAGGACUGUGAGUACUUUGAAAACCCACAAGCUGAGGUUCAAGGAAGACCUGACCAAAGCUGAUGUGGACACUCACAGCAACUUGUGGCCAGUGGUGGAAGCUGCCCGGAAGGAGGGGAAGGUUGCGUUCUUUGCGGGUGUGAAGGUGAAGCUUUCUGGGGGCUUCCCAUCGUAGCCUGCCCAAUCUUUGUGGAGACGAAGGCUUGGAUGGCCAGAGGUCGCUAUUGCACAGCCAAGCUUUUGUUGAAUUGGUCCAAUCAAUGACAGCUGCUCUUAAAGGAGUCUGUGGCUUUUCACGCUGGAAGCAUGGAUUUAGCCAACUGCACCACCGUGCACCACAAAAGCACCAGCAGCAAGGUCCUGCUGUCCCUGACGCUGUCUCUGCUGGCUGUGCUGACCACUGCCAUAAACUCUCUGGUCAUUGCCGCCAUCGUUGUCACCAGGAAGCUGCAUCACCCUGCCAACUACCUGAUCUGCUCGCUGGCUGUGACGGAUCUGCUGGUGGCCAUCCUGGUCAUGCCCUUCAGCAUCGUCUACAUCAUUAAGGAGACCUGGAUCAUGGGUCAGGCGGUGUGUGCCAUCUGGCUGGGCGUGGACAUCACCUGCUGCACCUGCUCCAUCCUGCACCUGGCGGCCAUCGCCCUGGACCGGUACCGGGCCAUCACCGACGCGGUGGAGUACUCCCGUAAGAGGACGUCCCUGCGCGCCACACUCACCGUCGCCGUGGUGUGGGUCCUCUCUAUCCUCAUCUCCCUGCCCCCGCUGGUGUGGCGGCACCAGGGUAACCACGGCGACGAGUGCCUGAUCAAACACGACCACAUCGCCUUCACCCUCUACUCGACCUUCGGGGCUUUCUACAUCCCGCUGGCGCUCAUCCUGGUACUGUACUACAAGAUCUACCGCGCGGCCAAGACCCUGUACCACAGGAGGGGCACCAGCCGACUCAGCCGGCCGGAGGCGAAUGGCAGCGUGCUCCCCAAGGGCUCUGACCGGGACCCCCGCAGCCCGGACCUCCUCAGCCUGCCUGAGAAGUCUUACUCGGACCCUUCCACCGAGGGCGACCGCGUCCGCAUCGCCCUCAGGAGCCCCCGCUUCGAGUCGCGGCGGCAGGGGUCCUUCAAAAAGCAGCGCCUCUCGGGUAGCCGGGAGAAGAGGGCAGCCACGACGCUGGGCCUCAUCCUCGGGGCCUUCAUCGUCUGCUGGCUCCCCUUCUUCCUGAAGGAGGUGAUCGUCAACACCUGCUCCUCCUGCAGUCUGCCUGCCGAAAUGGCCGACUUCCUCACCUGGCUGGGGUACCUCAACUCUCUGAUAAACCCGCUGAUAUACACCAUCUUCAAUGAGGACUUCAAAAAAGCCUUCCAGAAGCUGGUCACAUGCAGAUACUAUCUCUGAUGGAGAAAGAGAGAUAAAGAGAUAACGUGGAAGUAGCUUAUCUUUAAAAAGAGAAACUGAAAUAACAGGAGUUUGUUAUUUGUUUUUAUUUUCAAUAUGAAUGGAAAGUAUCGAUACAAUCUGGACAUUCUGAAAGUUACAACACAAUUGAACGCUGGAAAAUCUUUACAAAAGAGUUUUUGUACAAUACAAUACUGUUGCUUAUCUUACCUAAAUAGACAAAAUAUGGUCAAAUUUAUAAUGUGUAAACUUAGAAACAUUAAAACAGCUCCAGAACUAAUUCUUAUCUCAGACCUACGCAGCUAAUUAUCUUGAGUGAACACAUUUCCAUUGAGACUCUUUUCUUAUGUAUGCAUUGUACAUGUGCUAUUUCUUUUUCUGAAUCUGAAGCAAACUAAAGUUUGUCCAUCUCCACAUCUAAAGAGAGUGUGCAUCUUACAUGCCCCCUGGAUAUUGUGACAUCACACAAUUUUUUGGGUGGACAUCUUGCUUUGGCUAUAAGCUACAACCAGCGCUUGUAAGUACUGUAGUUCAUAAUAUAUUGCACAUCAUAAUAAUUUAAUUGAAGUUCCAGAUUUUGGAUUAUGUUAGUAUGCUAGUUCAUUUUAAAAUGGUAUAUACUGUUGCUGAGCUUCACAAAUGUUAUCUCUUAUCCUUUUAUUGUGUACUUUAUAUAUAUAUUUACAAAUAAUAGAAAAUUGAAUUUUCUUACAUACAUCUGAAAUAGUUAAUAUGUGAAGAAGUUUCCAAAAUACAUUAUAAUUGUCAUCAGGUCGUUUUAUUCUGAAAUCUGUGUGUUAAUUAUAAACAUGUUUAGUUACAAUAUCUAAGGAAAGCUUUUCUGUUCAGGGUUUAGCACUUAACCAUGCCUGUAUACUGUUAAACAACAUAAUUUUGUUGAGAAUUUCAGCAGGUCUAAGUCAUUAUAAAAACAGCAACAAAAAUCAACAAAAUGACAGGGAACAUACUGUACUGGUAGUCUCCAAAGUUGUGUGACAAAAUAAAGUAAUUAAAUGAGCAACAUUUCACAGUUGUAUUAGAAGCACAUCACAUUUAUGACCGCAGUAAUGACACUGUGCCGAGUGUUGAGUAGCUGUGUGGCUACUGACUUGCAGGGCGACCAGCGGACUUGUGAUUGUGAGUUUUGCUGAUGGAUAACUCCUUAUUAUUUAUUAUUCCUUAAAACCAGUCAUCGUUUUUCAUACUUUGCUCUAUAAGCUGCUGUACUACCGGAAUUCACUGAUCAUACUUGUCGUAUUAAAACAUUGAUGUUUUGUAACAAAUGGACAUGUAUUACUGUAAUUUAAUCUACCUUUGUACUGGAGCUAUUCCUGGCUAAGGUGUGUAUGUAUUUUAAUUGUUCUUUGUUAUAUACAACUCAGUGUAUUGAUUAUGAAAGUACAAUGAGUAUUACUAAGUCACUUCUGUUCACUAACAAUGUGCCAAGAGGAUUUUACAAAGGCCACAUGAAUGUUAUAUGAGUGGGAAAAAACGACUGGUUUAUUGAGUCCUGAGUUCAAGGAUGGAUCUCAAAAAUGAAUUAAAUAAAGAACAGAGUGAGGGAGACCCCUACUGGUUUGGCUGUGACAUUACAAGAGAAGGCAAAACUUCUCUUGAAGGGAUAGUUCACUAUUUGCGGUCCUUUUAUAUUUCAUACUGAAUACAUGCCUUUAAUUGGCUCAGACAGUUCGUAUGUGGAGCAAAUGACAUUUUAGAUGCAAACAUUUCUGACACCAGCUGACAGUGGCAGGUAUA